AGGGGGCUGAGUCCGAGCCGCACUGUUCCCUUGGUUGCGUGUGACUAAUCGAGUUUGCCAGUGAAGUAGGCUACAUCCCACGGAAUGUUCACCUGAGAGAGCGAAAGCACUGCAAAAUUACAGACCGAGUCGUUUUGAGAAAUGUGGUGCCAUUAGAAGCGAAGGACGAUUGCACCGUAACCUGAUUAAAAACGGAAAUUACAAAUUCCCUGCUGAAGGAGCGUAGUUUACAAACUUAGAAAAGCCACUGGUGAAAAACCCACACAUACAAAACGAAAAAAAGGAACAUGGCAACGGGUGGAUUUAAACCAAAUGCUCAGACAGACUUUCUGGAGGAAUGGAAGGCUAAACGGGAGAAAAUGAGGGCAAAAAUGCUCGGGGACAUCGCUGCGGCCACCGGCGCGGGCACUGGUAGUAUUGCCCCUGCCACUGCGUCCCUGGGGAGCCACAGCAACAAAAGUGAGAUGCGCAAUGCCACCUCGAGCACCGAACUUAACAACAACGGCAACCCGGACCGCGGGACAUCAUACCCUAUGGCUCGCUCAUCAUCCUCCUCAGCCUUGAAGAGACCUGACGAUGACCCACACCCGACACCAGCCGUCAGAGGAGCAGAUACACCGGGGAGUAACCUGAAGAAGACACCGCAACCGGUGCCCUGCACCCCACAAGAGUCCAGCCCCACUGCAUGCAAUGACCAUGGCAGUGACAAGGAGAGCCCCUCACCCAGUAAAGGCAAAGAGAAGAAGAACAGUGGUCCAAGCGCCAGGAAGGGGAAAGGACAGAUAGAGAAGAGAAAGCUCAGGGAGAAGCGCAGAUCAACAGGUGUUGUCAGCAUGCCAUCCACCGAGAGCCUGGAUGAGCUGGAUGACGACGGAGGGGAGAAGGAGAAGGAGGAGGAGCAACAGCUGACACAGCUCAACACGGAACAGAACGAAGCCAUAACCUCCGACCCAGGGGCCGCCACCCACUUACUACAGGAUACUCUAAGAUCUGGGAGUGGCCGCCACCAGAGCAGCUCUGGAGGUCCUGGUUCUGAGGAGGAGGCGGGGGGAAACAGUCGACACCGCCGCAACCGUCACGGAAACGCCACCGUACCCGGAGGACUGGAGAGGAGGGUGGAGGAACUGGAAAAGGAGCUGGCCAGACAGCGGCAAGAGAACGGGCAGCUGCUGAAAGCUCACCAGGACAAAGAUGACCUGAUUGGAAAGCUGAAGGAGGAGAUUGACUUGCUGAAUAGAGACCUUGACGACAUUGAGGAGGAGAACGAGCAGCUGAAGCAGGAGAACAAGACUCUCCUGAAGGUGGUGGGCCAGCUGACGAGGUAGAACCCAACGGGCCACGGAACCCCACUUCCAAAAAGAACAAACCCCCCCUCUUCAACCGAAGCCCCACCCAAGGCCUUACACCACCUGCUCUCACCCACCCUUCUCUUUCCACCCUCGGGCCAAAAGUUCAGCAGCAGCAUGUCCUUUAUCUGUGUCGGUGGUGUGUCUAUUGUUGCCGCUGGGUGGAAGAGGACAUUUAAAAGUCGUUUCUAGAGCCUUUGUGUCUUAAACGCACCUUGAGCGUCCUCCCUAAUAAUGCUUUUAUUCAGUUCUGAGGGGAAACUGAUGGCACCGAGAGAUCUAGUCCUAUUUAGAUCCCAUGUGGUGUCUAAAUGAGGUUCUGUGAUGGUAUAUUUAAUGUAAAUCUCUUGUACAUAGGCCAUUGAAAAAAUAUUUGUUUUGGGGGGGAUGAAUCUUAAAAAAGGAAAUUGAAUGUACGUGGUGCAUCACUGAGCACAUGAGGGAUGUUUUGUUUAUUUUAGGAACUAAUAAAUGUCUUGGACAUUUUGACUCUAAUGAUCUGUCGACCAAGGUCUACAGCAUUUGCCCAGGUUAUGUGCAACCGGCUCUCUGUGCUUCUGUUAAUCUGCAUCAUUACAAUGUAAAUGCAUUGUCAGCCCAGAGGCCAUAUCCUUCUCAGCACUAAAACCUGGUCUCCAACUGCACGUGAAAGAACUGGCUCUGCGAUGGAGCCUGUGUCAUUUAGACCAAAUUCAAGACAAAAUCCCUGCUACCAUCAGCCAAAGGGGGCAUAAUGCCUUGCACAUUACGUAAGUCUUUUUUGGAAAUCCAUUAGUUCCAUUUCCCCAAGGGGAUAAAAAAAAGCCUGGUGCUUUUUCUGUUCAUGUUGAUGCCGCUUUUACUCUCUUGUUCCGAUUUCUACUUGGUACAUUUUAGUCACACCUAGGGUAUGGCAAAGUGAGGGGUUGGGGGAUAACAUUGAAGCUUAUUUACUGCAUUUCUACACAAUUUAAAAACUCUCAAAUGCUAUUUGGAGAACCGCAAAAACAAGCAAAAUUGACUCCAGCCAUAACACACUAAACUGUUAUUGCCUUUUAAUUGGGAUUGGAAUGAUUUUAGUAGUCUAUUUUAAAUAGUUGGUGUUGAGCUAGGGUAUGUCGACUGCCAUACUCUGCCAUACCCAAUUGACACCCUGAUUUUAAUCCAGGUGGUAUAUUUGAAACCUGAAGUCAUUCAAAUAUAUAUAUCCCCAUUAUAAAUCAUAAGAAGCAAGCAACUCGUUUUCAUUAAUUCUGUGCUUUAUAGCCAUUUCAAUGUUGAAAAUUAGAUAUUAUACUAUUGUUGAUGGUGAGAAGUCUUGGGGUUACACCCCAGUAGAAAUACAUGUGGAAUCUUUUUAAAUGCAUUUUGCAUCUGUAAUUCAAGCGUUUACAACUUGUUUUGGUUGCAAUAUUGAUAGAUGUAGCUGCUCUUGGUAUAUAGUGAGCAAGAUUUAUAGAGUAAGCUACUGCAGUGCAUUU